CCUUUCAGCUCAUUAAUAUUCAUAAUACUUUUUACCACAAGAGGGCGCACUUAAAUGGCGCAAAUCUUGCGCAAGCGCACAACCGCUUUUCCGUACCGAAACAGCGGUGACAGAUACAACCAUUCCAAGCAUGUGUUACUGUGACAUGGUUGGAAACGCCACCCUGGUGAAGGUCAUAUGAGAUUUCAGUACACAGGAAUCAACAUGUUAGUGACAUUUCGUGCAGCUGUGUCUACGGUGUUGUGCGUGGCGUUGGUCAAUUCUGUCAGAGACGCCUGCAAAGUGUGCAAGUGUAGUAGCCACGGUCCACUCAUAGUCAACUGCACCAGGAAAGGUCUCACGGAACUACCAUCCAGGAUACCAAAUGAGACAAGAGUACUAAUUCUCGAUGGGAAUUUCAUCAGGUUCAUUCCCUACCGAGGUCUUUUGGGAUUGAAGUCUCUGGUUGUACUCCAACUUACGAACAACAGCAUCAAAGCCCCCUUUGAAAUCCCGAAGUCUGUCGUGAAACUAUCCGCUAACUGGAAUGGCUUGCAAGAUAUACGGCCAAUAAUGCGAAACGGAGUCAACCUUGACUUUGCGGAUUUCAGCAACAAUGCUCUGAAAGUCAUCCAGACCGACACUUUCAAGAAUUGCACCAAGAUGCUGACCUUAAGCUUGGGCUUAAACAAUAUCUCAACUGUACAGCAUGCCGGGCUGUCUGGACCAAAGUACCUAAACAAUGUGCGACUACAGGGUAAUAACUUGGAAGAUAUUGGACCUAGUGCCACAGCGGGGUUGCAUUGCCGCUCACUGUGGAUGUAUAAAACCAAGUUGAGACACAUCCAGCCUCAUACGUUGGCAGGUGUUAAAAGACCAAACCUGAGUUACAAUAUGUUAAAAGAUAUUCCGUCUGCGGUGUUUGCUGACCCAGCGGCACCCACUCCAAGGAACCUACUAGAAGUUAAUUUUCGAAAGAACCUGAUCAAUCAUAUAUCUGAGCGAGCCUUCCAGGGAGUGCGAACAAUCACCGUCCUAACACUACAAGGCAACAAACUGUCAUCGCUGCCCGAACACCUGUUUGCUAACACAACGAUUUCUUUGACACUGAAUUUAGCGUCGAAUCAGCUGACAACUAUGCCAGAUGGCCUGCUGCGAUCACAGAGCAUGCUCAAACAUCUCUACCUGCAGCAGAACCGACUUACAGUUCUCAAUGAACAUAUGUUCAAGGGACUCCGAUCUUUGACCGACCUAAUGCUCUUUGAUAACCCACUAAUUGAAGUAGCGGAUUGGGCAUUUUAUGAAACUCAACUCACACGUGUGUACAUAUUCCAGACCAAUCUUACUGUAUUAGGACGACGGCCAUUCGCUACAGUCAAUGACACAAUCAAACUGAUGUCUUUAUAUGGGAAUUAUUUUGAGACUCUUCCUGAUGCUUUGUGGCAAGAUUUGGCAACUAAUUGCUAUGUGUCUGUUGACAAUACUUUGAAGUUUGCUCCAUCCACAAAUAGAACAGACAUCGAGAUCGAGUUGGUUAGAGAUGGAUUUGCCCAGCCAAUCAACUUGACGAAGGAUGAUGGGAAGAUGCUUACCAAAACUGGUUUUGAAUGCUACCCAUUGCACAAUACAGAUAUUUGGCAGUGUAAACCUUGCCCGCAGGGCUUCUUUGGAGCUUCGUGGAGCGGCGUUUGUAUAGCCUGUCCACCUGGUGGAUUUUUUCAAAACCAAACUGGACAACUUGUUAAGGGCGGCCAGGUUAUGAACUGCCACAAAUGUAACAAUGGGACUUUCGUCGCUCCCUCCGCCCAACCAGGUAAACGUCCUGCCGACUGCAAAGUGUGCCCGACAGGUACCAUUAAAAGCCUACACGCAGGCUUCCGCGCAUGUCCGUGUGUGGAUAACUACUAUCGCACGGAUCGCUUCGGGGAGUGCUACCCCUGUCCAACAGAAGGGCUCAACUGCACAGAGGAGUACCAGCAUCUCCUGCCCGGUUUCUGGUGGACCUGGAACUGGGGUUCGGAUGGCAACCGCCGAUCCUAUGAGCAGUUUGUCCAAAAUCUCCGCACCGAAAACGCCUCCUACGAUUCGUUCUCGCAGGUGUUCCUGGGGACUCUACCAAGAGUCCACGCCUGUCCCAGACCUGAGUCCUGUGCUGUUGAGGGGUAUGGCAUACGCGUCACGUGUCAGACGGGCUAUGAAGGUUGGCUUUGCUCUCGGUGCAGCAAGGGAUAUUAUGCCAGGCUUGACAACUGUCUGGAAUGUCCUAAAUGGCAAUGGUUCCUGCUAGAAGCCAUGGCAGUGCUUUUAGUGGUGGCUGUUCUCAUUGUCGUCAUUGUUUGGGACUUGAGGAGGAAUCGCAGGAGCGGUCGAUCUGUAGUCGAUAAGCUCCUUGCCAGAGCGAAAAUCUUGCUAGGGUUCUACCAAGUCAUUGGUGAGAUAUUCUCUGCCCUUGAAGAAAUUCAGUGGCCGGAUCUCUUGAAAAGCUUCGGUUCAGUUUUGCAUUUUUUGGAAGUUGAUGUCAUGAGGAUUGUCAUCAGUCCGCGGUGUUACUUUCCGGACUUCACGUAUCCUGAUGUUUACAUUGAGUUUAUAUUUGGUUUCGCUUUUGUAGCCGUUGUUUUCUGCGCAGCUUUAUGUUUUUAUGGCGUUACUAAAUGCUACCACGUUGCCAAAGAAACACCUGUUUUGGAUAUGACACUCGCUCUGACAAAAGCAAGGCAAAGGUGUUAUCUGUUUGUUGUUAUGCUGCUUUUUGUGUCCUAUCCCAGUCUUUCCAGUGUAAUAUUGACACUUUUGCCCUCCAGUUGUGACUUGUUUUACCUGGAUGAACACCACAUGUUUAACGCAACCAGGCUCCGAUUUGAUUACUCAAUCGAUUGUAAAACUUCACGACAUGUUCAUUUCACUCAUGCUGCCGAGGUCUCAUUGAGCUAUGUCAUUGGCUUUCCUUUGUUGCUGUUUGUUUUGCUGUGGUGGAGCAGCGGUCCCUGGAGGAUUCUUAGACGCUUUGCCUUUAUGUUGUGUGGUUGUGAGAAUGGCAAUGCAUCCUCUGAUUGCAACAUGGCUUGUGAAGAGCAGAGUUUACCUUUUUUGCAAGGGUGGGAGGGGGUCCGGAAUCGUCGCGGCAUAAACGCGUCCAAUGGACAGUCAGAUCUUGACGGAAGAACCACUCGACGCCAAUCCGACCAGACUGUAGAGCACACUACCACCGGACAGCACAACACUGAAGGAGUCACCUGGAAGACCUUCCUGUGCGAAAAUUACAAGCCUCAGUUCUGGUACUGGGAGAUCAUCGAACUCGUCCGCAAGAUCGUCCAGACAGUGUUCGUGUUACUCUUUGGCUACGAGGACCCGUUCACCAUGCUUGCAACCAUCGUCACAUCAGUGGUCUUCCUGUUGAUUCACUCCUCCGUCAGGCCCAUGAAAGAUGAUUCCGAGCACCGUCUCCAGUUGUUUUCUCUCGGGACCAUCUUUCUGAACCUCUUGGUUGCAUCCCUGCUUCUGCUACCAGCAAACGAGGAUCCCUCUAGUGAAAAGAGAAAAGAAGUACUUGCUGUCACUCUUGUUCUCCUCAAUCUGAGUCUCAUUGCAUUUGUUUUAUUCAGCUUCAUGUGGUCUUGUGCAAAGGCUGUCUGGAGGCAAGGUUGCUGUGGUGGAGUGGGAGCACGAAUUACCGAGCUGUGUCGCCAGCGCUCUCGACCUGCAGCGUCGAGAUGCGACCACGAAGGAGAUGAGGAUGACGACGAGCUGCAGAGUUACGCGGAGAUACAGUAUUCGGACAUUGCAAACGCUAGCUGAAUAUAUAGAGACAAGUCCGCAUUUUGACAUGUUUAGCGCUAAGAUGACAGAGGUCUUGUUCCAUCUCGUUUCUUUACAAAGUGCGUUUCAGCUUAUUUCUAAUAUGCACCGUCCCAAAUCUGCAAAUUCAUAUACAUAAAGGCCCCCUAUUAGAUCAGUCCUACUAAAAGGCCUGUUUGAAUUAAAAAUAAUAUGUUUGAGUUGAAACCAUAAUGAAGUUGUAGUCUUUUUAGAAAACCGUGACCGAACGUUUAAUUCAAAAUUAUUUGCUUUUAGUUUGGUUUGGCGCAACUCUAGGCCGCCUGUCUGAAACGGGUGUAAUCGAACUUA